CCUCAAAAUCUCUCUUUCCCCACUAUCAUCUUUCAUUCUUUCUUUCAAAUGGCAUUUCUUCUAUCACCAUAUAUUUCAAUUAUUACAUUGUUACUACUAUUAUUGUUGUUAAAUUUAAACUCAUUAUCAUCAUGUUACAUGUUAGUUCAUCAUUUAAACAAAAAUCACAAUAAUAAUCAUAACAAUCACCAAAAACGUCCAAUCUUGCAAGCUAACCAAUCUCAAUGUUCUUUGUUCAUGGGUUCAUGGAUCCAUGAUGAUUCUUACCCGGUUUACCAGUCUUCUAACUGCCCUGUUAUUGACCCGGAUUUCAAUUGUCAAAUGUAUGGUCGACCCGAUUCAGAUUACCUCAAGUAUCGAUGGAAACCUGCUAAUUGUGAGCUUCCUAGGUUUGACGGGAUGGAGUUUUUGGAGAAAAUGAAAGGAAAAACAAUAAUGUUCGUUGGGGACUCAUUAGGAAGAAACCAAUGGGAGUCGUUGAUUUGUCUGACGUGGUCUUCUGUGCCACGUGUCGCAACACAAGUCCUGAGAGCAUAUCCUCUUUCUACAUUUAAAUUCUUGGAUUACGAUGUAACGAUGUCGUAUUACAAAGCACAAUAUUUAGUGGAUAUCGAUGCUGUAAAUGGUCGAAGGGUGCUUAAAUUAGAGGAUAUAUCGGAAAAUGCUCAGGCAUGGAAGGGUGUUGAUGUGCUUUCUUUCAAUACGGGUCAUUGGUGGAGCCACACCGGAGAUACUCAAGGGUGGGACAUGAUGGAAUCGGGUGGGUCGCUGUACCAGGAUAUGGAUCGUAUGGUUGCCAUGGAAACUGCUGUUAGAACGUGGGCCCGAUGGGUCGAUUCCAAUGUCGACACCACUAAAACCCGAGUCUUUUUUCAGUCUUUCUCGCCUACUCAUUACAAUCCUUCGGAAUGGAAUGGAGGGGCAGUAAGCACCUCUAAGAACUGCUAUGGAGAGACAGCUCCUGUGAGCGCAUCAGUAUUCUCAGGAGUGUAUCCGAACGAGAUGAAGGUGGUAGAUGCAGUGCUAAAAGAUAUGCAAACCCCAGUUUACGUGCUUGACAUAACGACUCUUUCAGAAAUGAGAAAAGACGCUCACCCGUCAAUCUACAGUGGGGACACGAGCACUGGUCAAAAGGCCAACCCUAAUGGCACCCCUGAUUGCACACAUUGGUGUCUUCCCGGGUUACCUGACACAUGGAACCAACUCUUCUACACCGUCUUGUUCUUUUAGUAUCAACCCAUUUUUAACCAUUUUGUAGCUGUCUUAGGCAAGGAAUUAAAGCAAACUGUUGAGAUAGGUUUAUUUAUUGUAAUUUAACUUAACACAAUGUACCGUUGACAAUCAAGUCAUGUUAUACACGUGGUUGACUAAAAGUUGACUUCAUGUUUCGGUACCAUUAAA